UUUAUUAUAAAAUAAAAUAAAAACAACAAACCUCUCUCUCUCUCUCUCUCUCUCUAAAAAUCUCCGCGGUUCUUCACUUCAACUUUGGAGAUCCUCUCUCCCUCCCAUUUCCAUUUCCAUUUCGGAUCUGGAAUAUAGUACAUAGUUUUCGUCACUGUUGAAAUUCAAAUCACGUGAGAUUCAUCCAUUCAUUGAAAGUUGAUGGCUGCUCCACCGGCAAGGGCUCGUGCGGAUUAUGAUUAUCUCAUAAAGCUUCUCUUGAUUGGGGAUAGUGGUGUUGGAAAGAGUUGUCUUCUUCUUCGAUUCUCUGAUGGUUCUUUCACAACUAGUUUCAUCACAACCAUAGGCAUUGAUUUUAAGAUAAGAACCAUUGAGCAGGAUGGAAAACGGAUCAAGCUCCAAAUUUGGGAUACUGCAGGUCAGGAGCGGUUCCGAACAAUUACAACUGCUUACUAUCGUGGUGCUAUGGGCAUAUUGCUAGUCUAUGACGUCACAGACGAAUCAUCAUUUAACAAUAUCAGGAAUUGGAUUCGUAACAUUGAGCAACAUGCUUCAGACAAUGUUAACAAAAUACUGGUGGGGAACAAAGCCGACAUGGAUGAAAGCAAAAGGGCUGUCCCUACCUCCAAGGGCCAAGCACUGGCCGAUGAGUAUGGAAUCAAAUUCUUUGAAACAAGCGCAAAGACAAAUCUAAAUGUGGAGGAAGUUUUCUUCUCGAUUGCAAGAGAUAUAAAACAAAGGCUUGCUGACAAUGACUCUUCUAAGGCCGAGCCAGCGGGAAUUAAAAUCAACCAACAAGAUCAGGCAACCGCCGGGCAAAUUGCACAAAAGUCAGCUUGCUGUGGCUGAGGAGGCAACAUUAUUUUCCAAGAACAAGAAUGAAGGAGGAAAAUACAUGUAUGAUGAUAAAUUGAUGAUGAUUCGUGCUUUUGCAUUUUACGCUGUCAUUCUUUAAUAGUUUCUUUCCUAGAUGUUAUAUAUUAAUUCAGAGCUAGAUAUGAUUGUGUCAUUGGCCCUUGUGUUGUUUUGUUGGGACACAAAUCCAUUGGUCGUUGAUAUUUUGAAUGGUUAAUUGCAUUGAUAUUCUUUAAAACGUAAUAAAGUUAUAUUAACCCA